ACAUUUGUGUUUGAAAGUCGAAACCCUGGUAAAAUAUAUAGACUGUUUUGAAAUAUUUUCCUACUGAUUGGUUACGGCACAGUAUAAUUGCUUAUUAUAACUUAAAAAACUAAUGCCUUUUCAAUUUUUAACGUAAAAUUCUAUAUCCAAAGUGUGCUAAAUACAAAAAUGUCUUUACUAACACGUUUACUGGAGAGGAAUUUACGUAAUUCAGGUGCAGGCGCUAGACGGUUAUACAGCAAUCAUGUAGAAGAAGAAUCAUCCGCUACUAAACAUGAGUUUGCUGAUGAAGAAUUUAGAGUGCUCAAUUUACGUUCAACCUCACAAGCCACUCAACAAAAACGCAAAGUAUUCAAAAAAGAGCCAGUGCAACCACCACGCCAUCAGAAAAUGGCAACCGAUCAGGAUUGGAGUGCAGUAUGGCCAGGUCCACGUACAUUUCAACCCUCUGUUGUGCCUCUGCCGUUAAGGCAAGGUUACACAGAAAAAGGAGCGCCCCCACCAUCGAAAUUCGCCAAUGCGGAACUUAUGAAAAUACCAAAUUUCCUUCAUUUAACACCACCGGCAAUAAGACAACAAUGCGAAGCAUUAAAGAAAUUUUGCACACCUUGGCCUAAAGGCUUAGAAACUCUGGAGAAUUGUGAAAAACGUUUUCCUAUCGAAAUCAAGAGCACCGACUAUUGCCACGCUCUACCUACCAUACGAAACCCAGAAGCUCGACGAGUAACAUUGAAUAUUAAAUUAUCCGAUUUGAAAUUCGAUGCCCACGCUAAGGACAAGUUUUUACGUUUAGUUGGGGAUCGUUAUAAUCCGAACACUGGCAUUCUAACAAUAGUAGCAGACAGGUGCCCUUUGCGUAAACAAAAUUAUGACUAUGCUAUGUAUUUGCUAACCGCUUGUUAUCAUGAAUCAUUCGUUACGGAAUCUUGGGAAAGUAGUAAAUCGGAAGCGGAUAUGGAAUAUUACAGUUUCGAGCGAAAUAAAUCGAAACAGUCGGCUGAAGCAAUAAUUAAUUGGGGUCAACCCGUGGAGGAAGCAAAAAAAUUGAACGCUGAUCAUGGUUUUGCACAAAGCGUAGAGCAAUUGAUAAAUGAAGGGGAAAACGUUUACAAUUUAGGAAAGUAUAAGGAAGAGGUAUUAAAGUUACUAAAUAUAAGCAAAUGAAAGUUGUUAGAUUCAUUUGAGCUAAUAAAUAUUUUCAAUUGAUUUAAAAAUCUUAAAUUUCCGUUUAUAAACACUUACGAUAUGACUUUUGAAAAAUGAGUAAAAUAAUGAAUAUACACAUUUUUAGUUAAUU